UGAAAGUGAAACUUAGUCUGAGCACAGCAGAGCUGCAGUCGAGACAAGUCUCUCUGUUUCUCUCUUAGGAAACACCCAACUGAGCAGCAGAAUCUCUCCUAACACUGAGUGCCGAUAUGUCUGCUCCCAGCAGUCUGCUGACUGAAGAUCAGUUUCUCUGCUCCAUCUGUCUGGAUGUGUUCACUGAUCCAGUCAGCACACCUUGUGGACACAACUUCUGUAAAAUUUGCAUCACUAAACACUGGAAUACUAAUGUUCCUUGUCAGUGUCCCAACUGUAAAGAGGUUUUUAACAUAAAACCUGAGCUGCAGGUCAAUACUUUGAUCUCAGAGAUGGCUGCUCAGUUCAGACAGUCAGCUCAACAGGAAGCCAGCAGCAGCAGCUCAGAGCAACAAGUGUCCAAACAAAAAGAAGUUCCCCAUGUCUACUUAGGAUCCAAAAGAAGGACCUGGAUGUUCUUCCUGCUGUGUCUGCUGUGUGUCUUCAUGGCCUGGAUGGUUUCAGACCAAAAGAAACAUCUUGUUGGUCCUGAGAAGGAAGAAUAUGAAGCAAAGAAGGCUGAGCUGUGGAAGACAGGGGCCGAAAUUAUGCAGAUGAUACAGAAGAGACGACUGAAGAUUCAGGAGAUCAAACACUCAGUGGAGCUCAGUGAUGAAGAUGCUGAUAGAGAGAUAGCAGAAGGUGUUCAGAUCUUCACUGCUCUGAAGGAGUCUGUUGAAAGAAGCCAGGCCGAGCUCAUCGAGACAAUCAAAGAGAAGCAGAAAAUGACAAAGCAACCAGCUGAAGGCUUCAUCACAGAGCUGGAACAGGAAAUCUCUGAGCUGCAGAAGAGAAGCACUGAGGUGGAGCAGCUCUCACAGUCUGAAGACCACCUCCAUCUUCUCCAGAGCUUCACCUCCCUGAAUGAUGUUCCACCCUCCAAGGACUGGACAGAAGUCAACAUCCAUCCACCUUCAUAUGAGGGGUUUGUGAGGAGAGCUGUGACUCAGCUGGAAGAGACGCUCAGUGAACAGAUGAAGAAGCUGGUUCGGGUCGAGCUGAAGAGGGUCCAGCAGUCUGCAGUGGAUGUGACUCUUGAUCCUGAUACAGCAAAUCAUAGACUCAUCCUGUCUAAUGAUGGAAAACAAGUUCAUGCUAGUGAUAUGUGGAGGAAUCUCCCAGACAAUCUAAAGAGAUUCUUUAACUAUGUUUUUGUCUUAGCAAAGCAGAGUUUCUCUUCAGGAAGAUUUUAUUACGAGGUUCAGGUUAAAGGGAAGACUGCGUGGACUUUAGGAGUGGCCAGAGAGUCGGUCAACAGGAAGGGACAAACUCUACCAACUCCUCAGGAUGGUUACUGGACGAUAUGGUUGAGGAAUGACAAUGAGUACAAAGCUCUAGCUGGCCCUGAUGUCCUUCUCUCUCUGAAGUCUCGGCCUCAGAAGGUGGGGGUGUUUGUGGAUUAUGAGGAGGGUCUGGUCUCCUUUUAUGAUGUUGAUGCUGAAGCGCUUAUCUACUCCUUUACUGGCUGCUCCUUCACUGAGAAACUCUACCCAUUCUUCAGUCCCGAACCUCACUAUGGUGGUAAAAACUAUGCCCCUCUGAUCAUCUCUCCUGUCAGUCACUGAGUAGAACAACCAUUGGAUUUUCUUUCAUUUAAUGUAAUGGAUGUGUAUUUACUGGUGAUGUACUGAGGCUUUUUACUCAGGAGGAGUGUGCAUUAUAUUGGUGUAUACUGCAGGGUAUCAUGCAAUAUCCUUGGUGUGUAUGUUCUCAGUAUAUGGAUCGGUGUGUGUUACUGAAUGUCAACUGUAGUUUAUUUGUACAUGUAUUCUAAUAUGCGGUGUGUAAACAGGCUGUGUGCUGUCACCUGUGUUAUCUCAAAUGCCCAAGACAAAUUUCUCCAAAGGGAGAAAACAAUGAUGAGAAUAACAUAAGCCUAUUUGCUUCUUACUAAAACACACUGAUUUGAACAGCAGCGACAGACAGGACUUCAAUUUUAAAGUCUUCAGCCUUUGUAUUGAAAUAACUUGAUUUCAGCUACAAUAUGUUCAUUGAAAAUAAUUAACAAAGACACUUGCUCCCUUAUGGACUAAAUUUAAAAAGGCAAGCAUGCAGAAGCUUAAGGUUGCUUAUAAUGACUGUAUGAGGAUACUGCUCAACAAACCCAGGUGCUGUAGUGCAACUGACCUGUUUUGUAAUUCAGGGGUCAGCACUUUCCAGACAUUAUUGAGGAGUCUUAUCUACAAAUUCAUUUGUCACCUGAACAUCUCCCAGAACAGUAUUGUUAUGCUGCUGGCAAAUCCUAGGUUUACCAAUCAUCACUAUGGAAACACUGGUGUAAGUGUAUUUUAUAGAAAUGCAGUGUUGUUGUUUCUUUUGUUUUUAUUUCUCUGUAUAUCAUCAUCAUCAUCAUCAUCAUCAUCAUCAUCGUCAUCAUCAUAUACUUUAUUCAGGACACACACAAAAAAUGGUC